AUGUCACUGACCUCAAACUUUGUUAAAAAGUUGGCGUCUAACGAUAAAGCGACGAGAGAUUCUGCGUUGGAAUCUCUCAAAAGAUACUUACAUUCAAAAACAUCAUCUAAAUCAAACUCAUUGACAUUACUAGACAUGGAAAAACUAUGGAAAGGAUUAUACUAUUCGAUGUGGUUUUGUGAUAGAGCAAAAGCUCAAGAGAGAUUGGCUGAGAAUUUAGGCCAAUUAUAUUCCAACAGUGUAAAAUCAAAUGAAUCAUUUAUACUAUUUGCUAAAGCAUUUAAUUUAAUAAUAAUAAAAGAGUGGCCAAGUAUAGAUCAAUGGAGAAUUGAUAAGUAUUAUUUACUCAUAAGGCGAAUAUUGAGGCACAAUUUUAAAUACUUAAAACAACAAGAGUGGGAGUCAAAUUUGGUAGAACAAUGGGUGAGUAUGAUGGAAGAAACUAUUUUAAGUGGAGAGUCUAAUGUGCCGUUGGCAUUACCUUAUCAUUUAUGUGACAUAUAUUUGGAUGAAUUGGAAUUAAUAAUGUUUGAAGAGUUGGAAGAGGAAGAAUUAGAUAAAAGUGCAUCAGAUUAUCUAGAAAAAUAUCAAAAUUUAAUAAGUCAAAAGGUUGAAAUAGUUGACGAGAUACCAGUAUUAAAAUUGAUACAACCUUUUGCAAAUUUGAAUAAAGAUGCAAAAUUAAAGACGUUGAGAGAAAAAUGUAAAGAAGAUGUUUUGGAUGAUGAAAGAUUGGUAGAUUGGGCGGUUGUGGAGAGUGAUGAUGAAGAUUCUAAUGAUGAAGCUUAUGAUAAAAAUGAUGACGAAGUUGAGGAGGACGAGGAAGAAGAAUGGAAAGGAUUUCAAUAG